AUGGAUUCGUUCAAAAAAUUACAAUCGAAAGUGUUCACGUCGGUUAGCUCAAUCAGAAAACCUGAUGAAUCUCCUGAUGAACAACUGUACAACACGAAACGAUGCUUCAUCCAUGUCAACCAUUUGUCGAUUGCAAUCGCUAUAGUUGAGCUCUCUAUUUUGGCUUAUCAGAUCUUCAAUGGAAGUUGGAUGAACUCGGAGCACGCAAUGAUAUUCAUAAUUGCUGCCAUUCUAUUCCUUCUUGUUAUCGGCCUCCUCUUCGUUGCUAUUUUCUUUCAAAUUGGUAAUUUUCUGAUUCCUCACAUCGUCAUGCAAAUUCUACUCAUUCUCUGCUUUCUUGGACUCACUUUCGCCACGCUAUACGCACUCUUCCAUGGAGCCACGUUCCAGUUAUUGGUUGUCAUCACGAAUCCACAAAUUGCUGCCGAUUCCAUGACGCUCCUGCCUGCUCCGAUGAUUUCGACUAACGUGGUUUCCGGAUUCCUUGUUGGCCUACUCAUCAUUUUCGCUUUUAUCUAUAUUCUGAUUGCUAUUUUGAAUACAUGGUGCAUGUACGUUGUAAUCGACAGCUAUCAACUUCUGAAGGGGCAAAAGAAUCAGACAAGAGCACCGUCGGUGGAAGAAUAUUGUGCGCCAAAGACAAUUCAACUCUCACUAUAUCCCAAUCAAAUUGUUCAAGCGACAGAUUUCUAA